AGGAUUAUUUAUAUAAAACUGACACACUUUUUAUUCAUUCUUGUCACGCCACGUAUGACAGAAAUUUAUUCGCAACAUGAACUGUUUCGUUAUUUUUGCCCUUUCGCUGUCAGCGACAGUUUUCGGUCAGUCCUUGAGCGAAGAUGAAAUGAGGGAGAACGCGCGAAAACUAAUGACGAGCUGUAAGGACAAGGUUGGAGCUUCUGAUGCAGAUGUGGAGGCGCUCAAAAUGCACCAAAUGCCCGAGUCUCGUGAAGGCUUCUGCAUGCUUGAAUGUGUCUUUGACAGCGCAAAAAUAAUGCAAGACGGAAAAUUUAGCAAAAGCGGAAUGAUCGAAGGCUUCAAACCACUUAUAGGCGAUGACAAGGCAAAACUGGAAAGUCUCGAAAAACUAUCGGCCACGUGUGAAAGUGAAUUGGGAGACGGCGAAGACAAAUGUGAAACUGCCAAACGCUUGGUCGAAUGUGUGAUCAAAAAUGGAAAAACGCACGGGUUCGAAGUGCCCCCGCCUCGUGAAUAAAAUAAUAAUAAUUGUUGAAAUAAAGUGCUGGAAAGAU